AUGGGGCUGCUGAGCUGCUCUGCUCUCCACCUCCCAGCCCUCUGGUGGUACCUGUUCCUCUGUGCUGAUGCCCAGGAGGUGGCCACCUUCACGGUGCAGUACCGGGUGUACGAGGAGGUGCCGCCGGGAACGGUGAUAGGGACCCUGGCCCAGCACUUCGAGGGGGGUGAGAGCGGGGAAAUGGCAGAUGCCUUCCAGCUGAUGGAGACCCCUGGGAGGUUCCCGCUGCACGUGGGGAGCGGGGACGGGGCGCUCAGCACGGCAGGGCGGGUGGACAGGGAGCAGCUGUGCCGGCACAGCGAGCCCUGCUGGGUCUCCUUCGACGUGCUGGCUGCCCGGAACCUGGCUCUCAUUCAUGUGGAGGUCCGAGUGCUGGACAUCAACGACCACGCGCCGCGCUUCCCCACGCCCGAGCUGGAGCUGGAGGUGUCGGAGAGCGCGUCCCUGCAGACCCGGAUCCCCUUGGACCGAGCCCUGGAUGCCGCCGCCGGCCCCAACGCCCGCUGCUCCUACAGCCUCUCCCACAACGAGCACUUUGCUCUGGAGGUGGUGUCUGGCUCCGACGGGACGAGGCACGCAGAGCUGGUGGUGGUCAGGGAGGUGGACCGGGAGCUGCGCUCCUCCUUCGACCUGGUGCUGACGGCCACCGACCAUGGGGAGCCGCCGAGAUCAGGGACCGCUUUAAUCAAAGUCAUCGUCCUUGACUCCAACGAUAACAGCCCCGUCUUUGCAGAGAGCUCUCUGACGGUGGAGGUGAGGGAGGAUGCUCUGCCUGGCACCCUGCUGGUGGUGGUGACGGCCACCGACCCCGACCAGGGCCCCAACGGGGAGAUCGAGUACAGCCUGAGCAGGCACGCACCCCCCGAGGUGCUGGGGGCUUUCGCCAUCGACGCCCGCUCGGGCAGCAUCAGCCUCCAGCACCCGCUGGACUACGAGGAGACCCGCGCCUACGAGCUGGACGUGCAAGCCCGGGACUUGGGUGCCAACCCCAUCCCAGCCCACUGCAAGAUCCUGGUCAAAGUCCUGGAUGUCAACGACAAUGCUCCCCAGGUCCACGUCACCUGGGCGGCGCGGGUGCCGGUGCUCUCCGAAGCCCUCCCCAGGGACAGCUUCGUGGCUCUGGUGACAACCAGCGACCCCGACUCGGGCAGCAAUGGGCAGGUGCACUGCUCCCUCAGCCAAGGGGACGAGCACUUCAGGCUGAAGAAGACCACAAGCCACAGCUACGUGCUGAUGACCAACGCCACGCUGGACAGGGAGCUGCAGGCCGAGUACAACCUGACGCUGGUGGUGCGGGACCACGGAGACCUCUCCUUGGCCGUGCGGAAGCACCUCACCAUCUGCAUCAGCGACGUCAACGACAAUGCCCCGGCCUUCCAGAAGGCCACCUAUGAGGUUGCCAUCGCUGAGAACAGUGAAGCACCUGCCUCCUUGCUCACCGUCCAGGCCACCGACCCCGACCUGGGUUUCAAUGGGGAAAUCACCUACAGCAUCCUGGACUCUUCCGCUUUGGGUCUGGUAUCGAUUGACCCCACCACUGGGGAGGUUUUUGCCCUCCAAGCUUUUGAUUAUGAGCAGAUGAGGAGCCUGGAGUUCCUGGUGACUGCGGAGGAUGGUGGUCACCCCAGGCUGGCAUCCAAUGUCUCCAUCAGGGUGGCUGUGCUGGACCGGAAUGACAACGCGCCCGUCAUCACCUCCCCAGCGCUGGUGGGAGGCACAGCCACGCUCUCUGUCCUGGUCCACGAGGAGACAGGGUGCUUCUGGGUGGCCCCUGGGAAUGGGAGCACCCAAGGGAUAGCAGCAGUGACCAAUGCCACCCUCACAUCAUGUGCUGGUGCUCCCUUCCUCUUCACCAUCACAGCCCGGGACGUGGACUCUGGCAUCAACGGGGCUCUCCAGUAUGAUCUGGUGGGUGGGGAUGACUCUGGGCUCUUCAUCUUGGACCCCCUCAUGGGGCAGCUCUUCCUCAAUGCCAGCAAUGCCAGCAGCCUGGCGGGCAGCCAGUGGGAGCUGGUGGUCCGGGUGAGCGACAGGGGGGACAUCCCCCUGCACACCCUGGCUCGGGUCCACCUCAUUUUCCGGCGUCACGGGGCGUUCUCCAAAAUCUCAGCCUGGGAACCGGGAUGGCCGAGCCCCUCGGUGGUGGCUGUUAUCUGCCUGGCUGCUCUCCUGGGGGGGUGUCUCCUCCUCUUGGCUCUGACCCUAUCUCUGCAGAAGAAGGAGAAGAAGGACAGCAUGGCCUACAACUGCAGGGAGGCCGAAGAUGCCCACAGGCAGCAGCACCUCAAGAAGCCACACAGGCAGAUCCAGAAGACCGACAUCCACCUUGUCCCCCUGCUCCGGGGCCGGUCCCGGGAGGCUGAACCCCCCCAUCCUGGGGGAUCCUCACAACCUCCCCUCCACCUCACCCCCACUCUCUACAGGACUCUGAGAAACCAGAGGACCCAAAAAGACUCAGACGAGCAGGUGGGGACCUUCGACCUGCCCAUCCUGCAGCGUCGGCCCUGCCAGCCCCAAAGGCCCAAAAAUUCAGCCAAAGAGGCUGCCAAUCCCCCCGAGAAACCUGGCCUGGGGGCUGGGGGACCUGAGCAUCCCCAGCCCCACCAGCACAUCCUGAGGAGCCUGGUCCGGCUGUCGCUGGUGGCACUGGCAGAGCAGAGCCCCACUGGGGAGUUCGUCAUGGAGUCACCUCCCGUGCAGCAAAUCUCCCAGCUGCUCUCCUUGCUGCACCAGGGCCAGUUCCAGCCCAAAACCAACCACAGGGGAAACAAGUACACGGCCAAGAACGGCAGCAGGGCUGGGGGGCUGGACAUGGAUGGUCUGAGCACCAAGGACAGUGGGCACGGGGAGAGCGAGGCCGAGGACCGCGACUCCGACUGCGGCUUUGAGCUCUCUGUCCAGCAGCUGGUGGGAGAGGAGCUGGAGACCCUCCUGGAGCCACAGGCAGAGCUAGCCCUCAAGAGGCUGACUGCUGCUGACCCAGCCUGGGUGGCUCGACUCUCCUUGCCCCUCACCAGCAGCUACAAGGACAACAUCUUCUCCCCCGACUCUCUUCAUUUACCUCAAGAUGAGGAAGCUGCCAGGCAGGAGAAACCAAGGACCUUUGAGACCUUUGGCAAAGGUGCUGGGGCUGACUCCAAUACUGCUGGGACAAGACUGGCCAGCACUUUCCUUUCAGAGAUGAGCACCCUCUUUGAAAUGAUUUUGUCCCAGAAGGUCCAAGUUCACAACGAAACGGGCUCGGGGCUUCUCCGGCAGCUGUCGGCACGUGGGAAGAGCCUUGGGCUGGAGGACUGUGCUCCUGCUCUGUAG